UUCCAAUACGCAGCAAACCCUAAUUUCUGCUAAAACAUAGAUUCUCCUGUUUUAAUUUAGUCUUUAUUUAUUCCGUGUUCAUCAAAAUAUCCACCACCAACCUCUUUUCUUGUUCAAUUUUGUAAUUAACGUGCCUGAUCAUAUUUCAAUUCCAGUCACUCUUGGGUGAGGUGGGUUUUCGUCGAUUUCUGAUGAUGACGACUGCUUCUGCACAUUGUUCUUUGGGCGUCAAUGCUCGUUUCCAUGAAAAUUCAAGACACUUUCCUUCUAAACUGGAGUUCUCAAGUGUUAAUUUCCAUUCCGACGGGGAAUUUUUCAAGAUUAGCUUCAAUUCCUCCUCUGCUUCAUCAAUUUUCUUCAAGGGAUGUGUAGGUCGAAUAUGUGCUCUACCUGAAGUAGGUGAUGGAUUUUCGGAGAAGCUCCCAACACCUAUACUUGAUACAAUUGAAAGCCCUAUGCACUUAAAGAACCUAUCGCACAAGGAAAUGAAACAAUUGGCUGAUGAUAUUCGCUCAGAAUUGUCAUUUAUAAUGAAAGAAACUCAAAAGUCCGUGAAAGCUAGCAUGUCGGUGGUUGAGUUGACAAUUGCCAUACACCGUGUCUUUUCGGCUCCCAUGGACAAAAUAUUGUGGGAUGUCGGCGAGCAAACUUAUGCACAUAAAAUUCUUACUGGAAGGAGGUCUGUUAUGCAUACGCUUAGACAAAAGGAUGGAAUUUCUGGUUAUACUUCUCGUUCCGAGAGUGAGUUCGAUCCCUUUGGUGCAGGGCAUGGAUGCAACAGCAUUUCAGCUGGACUUGGAAUGGCCAUUGCACGAGAUAUUAAAGGGAAGAGAGACCGAGUAGUUGCAGUUAUAAGCAAUGAAACCACUAUGGCUGGCCAGCUUUAUGAGGCUAUGAGCAAUGCAGGAUAUCUGGAUUCCGAUAUGGUUGUGAUAUUAAAUGAUAAUCGUCGGUCGUUACACCCUAAACUUGAGGAGGCCCCUAAAACGCCAAUUAAUGCGCUCUCAAGUGCUCUAAGCAAGUUGCAGUCUAGCAAAUUGUUCCGGAAGUGGAGAGAAGUUGCCAAGGGUUUAACAAAGAGAAUCGGUAAGGGUAUGUACGAAUGGGCGGCAAAAGUUGAUGAGUAUGCACGUGGUAUGAUUGGUCCACCAGGGUCAACCCUAUUUGAAGAACUUGGUUUGUAUUACAUUGGUCCUGUGGAUGGACACAACAUCGAAGACCUUAUAUGUGUUCUUAAUCAAGUGGCAUCCCUGGAUUCUACCGGUCCUGUUUUGGUUCAUGUCAUAACUAAGGAAGAUAAAGAAGUACAAGAUGGGAAGCAGAUUGGGAUAUCGAACAAAUACAAAGAAGAGCCUUAUGAGUCGGACUCACAACCCAAUAAUCGUAGCGAAACUUAUGGCGACCGCUUUGCCCAGGCUUUGACCACUGAAGCACAGAUAGACAAAGAUAUCAUGGUAGUUCAUGCAGGAAUGGGAAUCGACCCGUCACUUAAAUUAUUUCAGGAAAAGUUCCCAGACAGGUUAUUUGAUGUAGGGAUGGCAGAACAGCAUGCUGUAACAUUCUCUGCUGGCUUAUCAUGUGGUGGGUUGAAGCCAUUUUGUAUAAUACCAUCUACCUUUCUUCAGAGAGCAUAUGAUCAGGUGGUUCACGAUGUAGAUCGGCAAAAGAUACCAGUACGUUUUGUGAUUCCGAGUGCUGGUUUGGUAGGCUCUGAUGGUCCCACAAAAUGUGGAGCUUUUGAUAUAACCUUCAUGUCGUGUUUGCCAAACAUGAUAGUGAUGGCGCCUUCUGAUGAAGUUGAGCUUGCAAACAUGGUGGCAACUGCAUCUUGCAUUGAUGAUAGGCCAAUCUGCUUCCGAUAUCCUAGAGGCGCCAUUGUGAAGUCAAACAGCUCUAUAUGCCAUGGAGUUCCCAUUGAGAUUGGUAAAGGAAGAGUUCUUGUAGAGGGUAAAGACAUUGCUUUGCUCGGCUACGGAGAUAUGGUCCAGAACUGCCUUAGAGCUCACUCCCUUCUUUCAGAACUCGGGAUCGAGGUCACAGUUGCUGAUGCAAGAUUCUGCAAGCCCCUCGAUAUAAAACUUGUCAGACAAUUAUGUGAAAACCACUCCUUCUUGAUCACUGUUGAGGAAGGCUCUAUCGGAGGAUUUGGAUCACAUGUUGCACAGUUUUUAACCCUUGAUGGCAAACUUGAUGGAUCAAUCAAGUGGAGGCCGAUUGUGUUACCAGACAACUACGUCGAGCAAGCAUCACCAAUGGAACAACUUUCUCUAGCCGGGCUAACCGGACACCACAUUGCUGCAACGGCACUGAGCCUGCUUGGUCGAACCCGUGAAGCUCUGCUGUUGAUGUGUUAAAAGACGCAUUUGUAAAUCCGGUGUUGGUGUUAAUUUGUACAUUCAAUCUAUAUGAGGUUCUGUCCUUUUGAAAAUGCGUUUUUUACAGCUGUUUUUUGUCUGGCUUGGAGGUCAUGAAUGCAACAAUAUAGACCAUGAAGCUUUAUGGCUGAUGGAAAUGUUUCCAUAGUUUUUAUUAUGGUACCAAAUCCAUCAUCAUUCAUUUCUUUCUCCUACAUCUUCUCGAUUCUAGAUUCGAAACAGGACUUGCAUUUUACCAGUAAGCAAUCCGAUUAUCUGUAUAGAUUGGAAGGGGUUUUCAAUGAUGGAUGGAGCGUGUUUUUUUAAAUGGGAAGGACAGCUUUGAAGAAAAUUUGGUUUUCUGCAUAAAGCUCAUUUCUAGAAGCUUACCGUCACUUUCUAUAUCAUUAAGUCAUUACCAAACAGUCAUAUAUAGGCAUAGCUGACAGAAUAAGCCGAAUCCUAGACUUAUUGGGUGGGAAAUAGUAGAUUUGUUUUGUAGUAGUUUGGUUUAUCCAUCUUG